AUGUCGCUCAUAAAAUGGUCACUGGCUGAUCCUCCGCUCACGGAAAAGGGCGAAGAGCAAUGCGCUCUUCUGAGAGAGAACUUGAUCUCUACAUUCUCAGACAAGAUCGAUAAUACAGAAGAUGUAGCUAUCGUUGUUAGUCCCAUGCGGCGUACGAUGCAGACUGCUAUGCUUGCGUUGGGCUGGCUUGUCGAGCGGGGUGUUAAGAUUGAUGGCAACGCAGACUGGCAAGUAAACCUCUCCUCCGUCGAUCCCCUCUGGCCAGACAAGACAUCACCCUCCGCAGAGCGAUACUGGUACACCAAGAAGUCCAUCCUCGCUCGCGGUCAGCGCGCCCUGGAGGAUCUGAAGAAAAGACCCGAGAAGCUCAUUUUCGUGGUAUCGCACGCUGGAUUCUUGAGAUUGGGCGUUGCGGGGUAUUGGUUCUUUAAUAGUGAUUAUCGUGUUUUUGACUUUGAGGACAAGGGGAUCAAACAACGGGAGGAGACGAAGGCGGGAGGGAUGGGGUUGUCGUUUACGGAGACUGUUGAGCUGGGGCUUGAUUUGCCGGAGGAGGAUCCGGGGUAUGAUGCUGUGGCGAAGGCGUAG